AGCAUAUAAGUAAUUACAGUCUGCGGCGUCGUGUCUCCCAAUGCAACAGCAUCGCAGAAGCUGAGAGACGCGGCCGCUACGAGGAGAGAGGUCAAGAUGCUGAAGGGCAGACCUCUGAAAUUUGUGCUCAUUUUGGAGUCGUGUUUGAUGCUGGUGACGGCCCAAAUGCCAACUGUUUCCCAUCCAGACGAUUACUGUGAACCCAAUAAGAAGUAUUAUCAAUGCAUGCCGUGUACUAAAGUUUGCGGAAAGGCGGAGCCGGUGUGUCAAACGAGCUGCCGACCAGCGUGCUAUUGCAAACCCGGCUACGUCCUGACGUCGCUGACAUCCGACACCUGUAUUCUGGAGAGCCAGUGCGGUACUUGUGGACCCAAUGGAAGGUUUGAUAACUGCAGCCCCCCCUGCCAGGCCACGUGUGCAAAUUAUCUGCAGCGUAACCAGCCCUGUGCAAUGAUGUGCAGUCCCAGCUGUAUCUGCAACAGUGGCUAUGUCUUACACAAGGGCACGUGCAUCCUGCCCACACAGUGCCCAACAAACUCCCAGGAGAGCUGCCCGGCUAACCAAGUCUGGAAAGAGUAUGGAACUGCCUGUCCCUUGAAUUGUCAGAACUUUGAAAACCCACCUGAGAUGUGCAUGAUGGUCUGCAAGACUGGGUGUUUCUGCAAGGGACCCUAUGUCUUUCAAAAUGGCACUUCGGGCCCCUGUGUUCUGCCCAGGCACUGCCCUCCUUGUAGGGGUUAAGGAAAGCUCUCAGCUUUGAAACUGAAAGUACAUAUUUGGCUCUUUAUCAUUGACAUUUCUUGUUUUUUAUUCGUUUCCAUGUUUAAAGCUCUAAGGGAGAAGGAAAGGUAAAAACU